AUGGUGGCUUGUUAUCCAGGCAAUGGAACAGGAUACGUGCGCCAUGUUGAUAAUCCAAAUGGAGAUGGAAGAUGUGUUACGUGUAUAUAUUAUCUUAAUAAAGACUGGGAUGCCAAGGUGAGUGGAGGCAUCCUUCGGAUAUUUCCGGAAGGUAAAGCCCAAUUUGCUGAUAUUGAACCCAAAUUUGAUAGACUGCUAUUCUUCUGGUCUGACCGCCGCAACCCUCAUGAAGUACAGCCAGCAUUUGCUACAAGGUACGCAAUAACAGUGUGGUAUUUUGAUGCAGAUGAAAGAGCACGAGCUAAAGUAAAAUAUCUAACAGGUGAAAAAGGUGUGAGGGUUGAACUUAAUAAACCUUCUGACUCAGUUGGGAAAGACGUUUUAUAAGCCUUUGAUUUAGCAACUCCCCUUGCUACUCUCCCUGAUAAAUCUUGAUGCUAUCUAUUAACUUUUGAAUGUGAAUAACAAGAUAAAGGAAAAUCAACAACAAACCAACGUUUUAAUAAAGAAGCAAACAGUGUUUCAAUGUUGCAUCAAAUAGAAGAUUCUUUGACUGCUGAAGCAUUGUACUAUGUGAUUGUGACUCCAGGCCUGUGACUGCUUAUGUGAAGAUAAGCAAUCAGUAAGAAACAGCAUAUGCAUCUGGACAUAAAUAAGUGCCCUACAUAGAAUUUGUCCAUUCUUAUAUUUUGCCAGACCUGUCAUCCAGCUGAAUCCAAUUCAUCUCUCCCUUUUUUUAUAUGGUAAAAGUUUGAAUUUUGGGUAAUUUUUGUAUGACCAGGUACAGUUUAUCAAAAUUGAGUCUUAAAAAAAAAAAAAAAAAAGAAAAACUGAAAAAAAAAAAGAAAAAAAAUUACAGUAUUCUCCAAAAUAACAUGGAUCUAUUUUUGUAAAACUGUUCAUACUGUUCUCCUCUGCCAUGAAAGACCUAAUUUAAUGUAAGGGUUGCCAGUAACUGAUAAUCACUUUAAUUUUCUUUACACCUUAAGUCAGAAAAGGAGCACUUUAAUUACCAGCUAAAAACCUGAUUGUUUUAUAUCAUAUCUCACACUAAUCUUAACUUUUAAAGAUUGCUGCUGUAUUGUUUUUUUUGACUAUGUCCUCUUGAACCUUAUUAACAGAAGCAAAUCAGUAUCUUGCUAUUAGUAACAUUCAGUUUGUGGUUUUGUAUGUAGAAUCCACAGAGGGGAAGUUUCUGUCUCUUCUUUGUUUUUUGGUUUGAUUUUUUGUUUUGGGUUUUUUUUAAGUGACUGGCACUAAGUGAACUUGACACUAUCGGUUGCUGUCAUUGGCUUUGGGGACCUGGUAAAUACCAUCAAGUUGCAAGAACAUACAAGGGCUUUCCUAGGCUAUUAGAGGUACCCAGAACCUCCUUACGUACUUGACAGAAAAUUUUGAGCUUUCUCCCUUUUCUAAAGAAUACUUGCCACCCCUCUUUCCUUUGUAUAUAAGUUAAUAGAAUAUCUAAAAUUAACCUUUUUAUUUCCUUUUCAAAUGUUGGUGUCCCAUGCAGUCUGCAAGUUGACACCUUGAUCUAUUAUAUAGUAUCAAGGAGAUGGUCAGCACACUGAAGCUGAAGUGCAUCACUGUAGGCUCCUUGUGCAAUACAUCCUUAGGUUUUCACUUUGCUGAAGGAUUUCCCCAAAAAGGCACUGCCCUUUCAUCAAUACUGAGGUAUAUAUUUAGUAAGAAAACUUUUAUUUUCUUUUACAUUGUUUUCAUUUUAUCAAGGAGAGGGGACAUCACAGAAUGAAAGUGAGAUGUGCAGAAACUUUGAUAUUCUUAUUUUUAAGAAAUGGAUGUUUUGGACACUGAUUUUUUUUUCUUCUUCUUUCCUGUUUUUUGGUUGGGUUUUUUUUUCUUCUCCUGAGCUUUAAAAGCUUGAGAACACAAAAGCAAACCUAUAAAAGAAAGCAUUUAUAUUCACAGGAGUUUGGGGGUUGAUCGACUUACCCACUGCAGUUUUCUAUCUGUCCCUUAUUUCCUUAGCCAAAACAAUGUGAGUGUACAGAAAUAUUUCUGUAUAUAUUACAACCUGUGACAAUUUUAGCAUCUGUAUAGUUUGUAUUCAAUUAGAGACCUUUUCUAUGGAAAGCUCAGUAAUUUUUUAUUAAAAAGAUUACUAUUGUUCAUGUAAAACAUGAAAAAGCUAAUUGUUUAGUAACAAACUGACAGAAAGGGGAAAAAAUUCAGUAUCGGUAUAUCAUUUAGGAGAACCAACAGAAAUCCCAGGUUUUUUAUGAUUUUGCUUUUUUUUCUUUUUUUUUUAGUAAAUUCUUGCCCUUUACAGUUAUCUUCCUCUUUCCUCUUUUCUUCCCAGAAAAAUAGACAAAAUACCUUUACUGUAAAGUGCCUCUGCCAACCUGGCCAAGGAGUGCAAAUCUUCAUUACUGUCUGGUCUGCAGUGCAUUUAGGCUACCAAUGAAACAAGCAAAAAAAGCCACCUCUUCUACUUCAUCUUCUUUAGUACUACUUUAAUGGAGGUUUGGUUGGUUUUGUUUUAGAAAUGUAAGCAUAAGCCUUUAAACUCAUUUCAGUCCCUUCGUAAUUCAAACUUCUGCAGUUACAUGACGUAUCAAAUUCUAACCACCACACUAUAGGUUUGUGCUUGCCAGACAGGUUUAAAAAGUGCUUAAUUUUUCACUCCAUGCAAGUCAUUACCAUAUGGUCAACAAAUCAGGUCAGCCAUUUCUUCCAUGUCCUUUAGAAACUGUUCAUUUCAUGUCGGUUGAAUAUUCAGUCUUGAGCAUCACCAAGCAGGUCCUUGUUUUACAACUAUUUUUUAAACUGUCUUAUGAUCUGUAUGUGUCUAGUCCUGGUUAAAGAUAAAGCUUCAUAAUGCUAUUUUUAUUCAUGAUGUUAGCCAGCUGUAAAAUAUGAGACCUUUAUCUAUAGCAGGCAAAGAAAUUCAAGAUUCAUUUACAGGUUGCCUAUAAAGUUGUGUAAUUUGAAAAGCAGUGUUCAUUAUGAAAGAGCUCUCAAGUUGCUUGUAAAGCUAAUCUAAUUAAAAAGAUGAUGUAUAAAGGUUCUUGAAA